AUGUCAGUUUCCAAGAAACUACAAUCGGCAGCCGGGAGGUCCGAUGGCGAAGAAGCGUGGCUCGAUUACGGACGUAAACAAAGAAGGAUCGGGACCCGGAGCGACGGAACGCUGACGACAAAGGGAACGAACGGACCUGGAAUGAGAGCGACACGUAGCAAAGAGUGGCCCAGUUAUGGAUCACACGCGCGGGGCGGACAAAGAUCUCUGUUGGCCAUCACGUAUGUCUUCCCCUUGUACUCGGAAAAUCUAGCUAUCGUUAGCGGAUGA